GUCAAGUCCUUGAGCGUCACAGGAAGCUGCAGCAGGGUGACAUACAUAAAGACCAAAGAGGAAGCCUCGUCUCUUCAGGCAGAUGAGUAUUUUUUCAUCAAGAAGACUUGGAAAUUUACUAGUUGCUCCAAGAAGGGUCUGGCUAAUUACUUUUGGAGAAUAUAAUUUCUGCGCAAACAUUUUUGAUUCAGAAUUUGAAAGAGCCAUAACGGGCAUUUCAAAUCAGCAAGAAGCCAAAGAACAUGGGGACCUGCCCCAUCAAAUGUCGAUCAAACCUGACAAUGCUUGAAAAUCCACCUGAUUCUGCAUCACCAGCCCCCGAGGAAAGCAUGAUUGUAUCCCUCUGUAACUACCCGUCCUUUCGUGACAGGGAAUCGACCAUGUGCAUUGGGGAAAGGCUCACCAUCGUGUCAGACGAUGGUGAUUUUAUGAUGGUGAGAUCCACAACCACAGGCCUCGAAAGCUACAUUCCCACCAACUACACCACCAAGGUGACACACAGGUGGCUGUUCACAGGCAUCAGCAGGUACAAAGCAGUGGAGCUGCUCAUGCAGCCCAAUAACCAGAGUGGAGCCUUCUUGAUCCGAGAGUCAGAGACAAACAGAGAUUGUUACUCGCUGUCCGUCCUGAGGAGAACAGACGUCUCGUACCUAGACAGUGUGAAGCACUACCGCAUCUCUCACCUCCAAAAUGGCUGGGUCUACAUAUCCCCGAGACUCACCUUCCCCUCCCUGCAUCACCUGGUGGAACACUAUUCAGAGUCUGCAGAUGGAUUGUCCUGUAGGCUGACAGCACCUUGCUUCAUCCAGGGAUUAGAUAACGCUCGAGAGGCCAGGCCUAUACCCACGACUAUCAGGAGGCCUACAGUACAGUGGAAGGACAUCAGCAGGUCGGCGAUCUUCAGGAGGACCAGAACAGAGUCAGACAACUCUCUGGUGAGCGAGGGCCUGAGGGAAGCCAUCAGCUCUUACCUCCAAAUGACAGAGGGCAAUGAUGACAGCUGGGACCCUUGAGGAAGGACAGUGGAUCAGUCUGAAAGAAUGAAGUCAGACCGAUAGAGAGCAGUCCAUUACUGAACUGUCUCAUCUGCAGACUGGGCAGGCCAGUGGAAAAGGACGUCUGCACACCCAAUGUAGUCCUCGUACACUGCCCUGUAGUGGCAGGAGGGCUGGGACGCUGCAGUGCUUGGAGUUGUGACCUGCUGCAUGUCAGCAAGAGACUGUUCUUUGUGCCCGAAGAGGCACACAGUGGGUGUGUGAGCUGAAAAUUUUAAAAGUGAGACAUAUCCUCAUUUGUUUUUAAAGGUUGAAUGUAUCACGUGCUGUUUGAAUGUAAUAUUAUAUGUUAAUACUACUGGAUUAUGAUUGUUUAUUGGAAUCCAAUAAAAUACGUUAGCUGCUG